GACAAGACACGUCAAAAACAGCUGGUCUAAAACUGAUUGUAUAUUCCUGAGCUAGUGAUGUGUCGCUUUUUUUAAUAGGAAUAUUGUUGCAAACGUGUACAUUUUCAUCCACGAGUGCGAGUGCUGUUGGGUUGUAGUUAUGAAAUAAUAAUGUAUCAUUUUUUGUCGUGAAAUCAUGCGAAUUCUUUCCGGGGAUCUCAGCAAAAUGUUUAUAGUUAAAGGUUUGGAGAAGAUUCUCGCCGACAAAGAAGUCAAACGAAGCCAUUUGGCUCAAUUGAGAAAAGCUUGUGAAACUGCCCUUGAGGACAUACAAGAAGAGCUGAAACAUGAAGCAACUGAGAAGAGCACAGGUAGCACCUCAGCUGCUCUUCCACUCCCCCGAAAUUAUUCUGCAAAUGUUAUCAAUGCAGAAAAGCAUUACUUGCCUUUUGAAUUAGCUUGCCAAUGCUCAGUUCCAAGGGUUGUUGUAAUUGCAUUAGACUGCUUGCAGAAACUAAUCGCAUAUGGUCACUUGAGUGGGACGUCACUUGAUCCACAUAAUCCACAAAGGCGACUCAUAGACAGAGUUGUUGCAACCAUAUGCGCCUGUUUCACUGGAACCCCAACAGAAGAAAGUGUUCAGUUGCAAAUUAUAAAAGCCUUAUUAACGGUAGUCACAUCUCAGCAUGUGGAAAUUCAUGAGGGGACCCUACUUCUGGCUGUCCGUACCUGCUACAACAUUUAUCUGGCUAGCAAAAAUUUAAUUAAUCAAACAACAGCCAAGGCAACAUUAACACAAAUGUUAAAUGUCAUUUUCAUGAGAAUGGAAAAUCAGGCUAUUGAAGAAGAAACAACGUUCUCAAAUCCGGAAAACCCCGUUGAACCUGCUGACGUAUUAAAAAGAGAAGCUAAACUAGAAGCCCUCGAAAUAGUUUCCUUUAUUGUUGAUGACAUCGUCGCAACAGCCGUCAAUGAUGCGAGUACAGAAAAAGAAAUCGAAGGUGACAAUCAAAGUGAAGGAGGCCAAAGCAACGGUGGACCUACUCCUUCGAUCGUUUCAGUUUGUUCGUCAUCGCUGCCGCGAGUGCCCUCACAAGACAGUGUUGACACAAUUGGCGGCACCAGUUCCAGUGGAGGUGAUUUAGAACCAAUUGGAACAUCGAAUAGCUUCUCCCAUGUUUUGCAAAAAGACGCUUAUCUUGUAUUUCGUUCGCUCUGUCGGUUGGCCAUGAAACCUUUGCCGGAUGGCAUUCCAGACCCAAAAUCUCAUGAACUGCGGUCCAAGCUUUUGUCAUUGCAACUUCUAUUAUCAGUGGUGCAAAAUGCCGGUCCAGUUUUUCGCGAACACCCGGUUUUUCUUUCCGUUGUCCGGCAGUGCCUAUGCGUGGCUUUGAGUCGUGACGGAGCUUCGAGCGUAACGGAAGUGGCUGAGCUAUCUCUAGCUCUUUUUCUCGCGUUACUGAACAACUUUAAAGCCCAGCUUAAAAAACAAAUUGAAGUAUUUUUCCGCGAAAUUUUUCUCAAUAUUCUCGAAAAUCCUGGUUCAACCUUUGAUCAUCAUUGGUUAGUAAUGCAAGCCUUAACGCGCAUCUGUGCUGAUGCUCAGAGCGUGGUAGACCUAUAUGUGAAUUAUGAUUGCGAUCUGUCGGCCGCCAACAUCUUUGAGCGAUUGGUUAAUGUACUAUCGAAGAUCGCACAAGGGCGGCACGUCGUUGACUUGAGGACGACACCAGUACAAGAAAAAGCUUUGCGGAUAAAAGGCCUCGAAUGCCUCGUGACUAUCUUGAAAUGUAUGGUUGAAUGGAGCCGUGAGCUCUACAUCAAUCCUAAUGCGCAGUCCAAUAUCGAUGCCGAGAAGGUAAAGGAGAACCAUACCGAAGAAAAUGAGGGCCAUGGCUACAUCAAUGGCACAUUGACAACACCGAAACAGUUUGAAGCCAUUAAACAACAGAAGGAGAUAUGGGAACAGGGGAUUGUGAUGUUUAAUAGAAAACCGAGGAGAGGGUUGCAAUACUUACAGUCACAGAAGCUUCUUGGAGAAGAAGCAGUUGAUGUAGCACGCUUUCUCGUGACGGAAGAACGACUAGAUAAGACCGUAGUCGGUGAUUUUCUUGGUGAACCGGACAAAUUCAACAAGGAAGUUAUGUACGCCUAUGUGGAUCUUUUGGAUUUCAACGAGAAAGAUUUCGUUAGCGCCCUACGCCAUUUUCUAGAGGGUUUUCGACUUCCUGGUGAAGCGCAAAAGAUAGACAGACUGAUGGAAAAGUUUGCCGCUCGCUACUGCGAAUGCAACUCGAGUCUUAGACUUUUCGCUAGCGCUGAUGCUCCUUAUGUACUCGCAUAUUCAAUCAUAAUGCUGACAACAGACCUUCAUUCACCCCAAGUCAAGAACAAGAUGACUAAGGAACAGUUUAUCAAAAACAACCGCGGCAUCAACGAUUCAAAGGAUCUUCCUGAAGAAUACCUUAGCCAGAUUUACGAUGAGAUCGCAGGAAAUGAGAUCAAGAUGAAAGCCCAUUCGUCCAGCGCUUUAGGCAACAAAGUCAGCAAACCAGGGGCAGCGAAUGAAAAGAAACGGCGUCUCCUGUGGAACAUGGAAAUGGAAGCUUUGUCGUCAACAGCCCGGCAAUUAAUGGAAUCCGUUAGUCAUGUGCACUCACCAUUUACGUCAGCUACGCAUUCAGAGCAUGUUCGACCAAUGUUCAAAGUUGCGUGGACACCAUUUUUAGCUUCAUUUAGUGUUGGUUUACAAGACUGCGACGAUUUGGAAGUGUCUACACUGUGUCUGGACGGUAUCCGCUGUGCCAUCCGUAUAGCCUGUAUAUUUCAUAUGGCUCUGGAACGGGAUGCUUUCAUCCAAGCCUUGGCCCGCUUCACCCUGUUGACUGCCAACUCGCCAAUCACUGAGAUAAAAACAAAGAAUAUAGACACAAUAAAGACCCUCAUAACAGUUGCACAUACGGAUGGCAAUUACCUAGGCCACUCUUGGCUUGAUAUCCUCAAAUGUAUCAGUCAAUUGGAGCUGGCUCAACUAAUAGGCACAGGUGUUCGGCCCCAGUUUAUUACAGGAACACCAACAUCUCCAACAGGUGCUAAUUUAGCCGGCAACAAUUUGAAUUUGAAUUUGGGCGCCAUGAAUUUGAAUUUGAACUUACCAGGUAUUUCCUCUUCGGGUAGUAAUCUACAUCUCUCUGACCUUCCAAGCGUCAGCAUCAACUCCCUCGAACCCAGUGUCAAAGAGUCCAUCGGAGAAACCAUUUCCCAAAGUGUGGUGGUCGCAGUUGAUCGGAUCUUUACCGGUUCCACUAGAUUGGACGGAAACGCGAUCGUCGACUUCGUCCGCGCCUUAUGCCAGAUCUCGCUAGAGGAGUUGGCGCACACAACGCAACCUCGCAUGUUCAGUUUGCAGAAGAUCGUUGAAAUCUCCUAUUACAACAUGGGACGUAUUCGUCUGCAAUGGUCGCGUAUUUGGGAGGUCCUGGGCGAUCACUUCAACAAAGUGGGCACGAGUAGUAACGAGAACAUCGCUUUCUUCGCAGUCGACUCUCUGCGGCAGCUAGCAAUGAAAUUCAUAGAGAAAGGAGAACUGGCAAAUUUCCGAUUCCAGAAAGAUUUUCUGAGACCAUUCGAACACAUCAUGAAACGUAAUCGUUCACCCACGAUUCGUGAUAUGGUAGUUCGUUGCGUCACGCAGAUGGUACACAGCCAAUCAGACAAUAUCAAGUCAGGAUGGAAGAAUAUAUUCUGUGUCUUUCUAUUGGCUGCAUCGGACAAUGACGAAGCAAUUGUAGAACUUGCUUUCCAGACCAUAAACAAAGUAGUUACAGAACUUUAUGUGACUAACAUGUCGGCAAUGAUCGAUAGCUUUCAGGAUUGCGUCAAGUGCCUAAGUGAAUUCGCCUGCAAUCCACUGUAUCCAGAUACCAAUAUGGAGGCUAUUCGCCUCAUAAGGCUGUGCGGACGACACGUUGCUGAUCAACCAGCUCUGUUUCGUGAUGGAGGGGCUCAACUUGCUGAUGAAAUGGUCAACAGCCAAUUGACCUCUGCUGUAACCAACUUAGGCUUAAUUCCUGAAGAGGAACGUCUAUGGGUUCGUGGUUGGUUUCCGAUUUUGUUCGAGCUAAGCUGUAUUAUCGGACGUUGCAAACUGGACGUGCGUACUCGAGCGCUUACGGUUCUCUUCGAAAUGGCUAAGCAAUAUGGCUCAACGUUUCGAUCCCACUGGUGGAAGGAUCUGUUUAAAGUUAUAUUUCGAAUCUUCAAUCAAUCGAAAUUGCCGGAUCAGUUGUCCGAAAAAUCCGACUGGUUAACUACCACAUGUAACCACGCUCUGUACGCUAUGGUUGAUGUUAUCACGCAGUAUUUUGAUUUGAUUGGUUCUCUGCUUAUGGAUGAUUUCAUCGCCCAGCUGUUAUGGUGUGUAACCCAGGAAAAUGAGCAGCUUGCGCGCUCUGGUGUGAAUUGCUUAGAAAAUCUUGUAAUUAGCAACGGUCCAAAACUGGGAGAUGAUUCCUGGCUACGCAUCUGCGGCUGCGUUGAUAAAAUAUUCCAUCUAACGUUACCUGAUGCGCUGUUGACGUGGAGUCCCCAUUCGGCACCAGCUGAAUCGGAUAAUGGAGUUAAAGACACUCAGCGGCUUUUUAAUGGUCUUUUAGUUCAGUGCCAGGUCCAGCUGGAGCUUAUUCACACUAUUGACAACAUAGUCUUUUUCCCAUCUACGACCCGCAAAGAAGAUGCAGACUUGCUUGCUUCCGCGAAAAGUAUUUCGGCCAGCCAAAGGGAUCUUGAUCUCGGUACAGCAUCAUCAUUUUCCGUUUUUCUAAGAUUUUUCUGUAAUUUUGAAUUUUGUGACCAAGGAAUGUUUCAAUUCAUGUCAACGGAGCACCUGCUACUCAUGGUUGAUUGUUUGGCAAAGUCGCAUAACUUUGCUCGCCAGUUCAACACCAAUUCAACGCAGAGAAAUGUUUUAUGGAAAGCGGGUUUCCGAGGACCUGUCCGACCAAACCUACUAAAACAAGAAACACAAAGUCUUGCUUGCGCAAUGCGAAUCCUUUUCCGUCUUUACCACGACGAAGGGCGACAAAAUGAAUGGACUAUGGUGGCGGAUAAGCUAACACAUUUGGGGAAGGACGCACUGGAGUACUACGUUACCCUCGAGACUGAGAGUCAUCGAGAUGCUUGGUCACCCCUCAUGCUUCUUUUCCUUUGGAAGAUUAAUCAACUGUCAGACGAAAAGUUUAAAACACACAUCAGUUGGUGGCAUCAGCUUCUUUGUGAGUUGGUAUCUUUUGAGUUAAAACCGGAACUGCGGUCAUUGCUAAGAAAAAUUUUUCUCAAAGUCGGUCAAGUAUUCCGAGUCAUUGCCGCCGCUCCAUGAAUAUUUAUGCAUCUAUUAGGUGUUGUUUAGCACUUUGAAAAUUUAUACCCCUAGUUGCCCCCAUAUGUAAACCUCUAGCUCCCGUAUCGAGUGAUUCCUUCACCGUCCUUGGUAAAGAAUAAUAAUAAAAACAAAAUUUGAAGUUA